AUGUUAUUUAUAUCAUUAAUAAUAUAUGUUAUAUUGUUUCCUAAUAUAAUUUAUUCGUCACCUGGUGUAAGUAGCCGUUAUAAAACAAAUGGUUUUCAUACACACCUUGAAUAUCGAAUUGAUCCUGAUUUAACAAUGGAUAGUCAAUGUUUAUUUGUUUGGCAUCGUUUACCUCCUUAUUUAUAUAUUGAACCUGAAGAACUUUAUCAAUUAAAUGCUACUAUAAUUGGCUCAAUAAAUAUUGAAAGAUCAUCAUCUCAAUCACAUCCAUUUGCAUAUUGUUUUAUAUUAUAUAAUUCUUCUAAAAUUCCAUAUCGUCAUAGUAAAACAUUUUCAAUAAAUAUUCAUAAUCGAUAUAUAGAUCCAAAAUCUGAUGAUAAUCAACAAUAUGAAACAGUUUAUUUACCUGAACCAGUUAUACAUUUUACAAAAAAAGCAUGUCCUUAUUUAGGUUCUGGUUGUCCACCACCAUUAACUGAAACAGGUAUUGAAUCACCUAGAGAAUUAACUGUAACUAUUCCUCUUGGUCAACAAAAACAUUUAUUAUUUGUUUAUCCUCUUACUUGUUUAUUUACAUUAAUUGGUUGUUCAUUAUUAUUUAUAUUUAGUCGAUGA